AUGAUUCAUCUAUGGGAAAAUGUGCAGAAUGUCGGCCAAGUUUCAGCUCACUCCAUCUUCUCUCACUUCCUGUCCGUCUUCUCCCACUUCCUGUCCAUCUUCUCCCACUUCCUGUCCGUCUUCUCCCACUUCCUGUCCGUCUUCUCCUACUUCCUGUCCGUCUUCUCCCACUUCCUGUCCAUCUUCUCCCACUUCCUGUCCAUCUUCUCCCACUUCCUGCCACUGGACCUCCUCUCGUCACCACAUUUUGUGGAGGAGGAUGCAGUUUUUGGAGUGAAGGAGGAAGGAGAGAUUACUGUCACGUUGAAAGAGGAGGAGGAUACGGGAGAUCUGAUUAAUACCAGAGAGAGACCCGACUCUCACUCUGACAGCAGGAAGAGUCCCUCAGAGGAAUCAGGCACAGAGACGUCCAAACAAGCGAGACAGCGCCACUGCUUCCACUGUGGAAAGAGUUUUACUAAGUUAGCAAGCCUGAAAAUACACAAGAAAAUACACACAGGAGAGAAGCCUUACCACUGUUCCCACUGUGGAAAGAGUUUUAGGUUGUUAGGGAGCCUUAAGGAGCAUGAGAGAAUACACACAGGAGAGAAGCCUUUCCAAUGCUCUCAGUGUGAAAAGCGUUUUACCCAGUUAGGGAGCCUAAAAGAUCAUGAGAGAAUACACACAGGAGAGAAGCCUUUCCAAUGCUCUCAGUGUGGAAAGUGUUUUACCCAGUUAGGGAACCUAAAAGAUCAUAAGAAAAUACACACAGGAGAGAAGCCUUUCCACUGCUCCCAGUGUGGAAAGAGUUUUACGUACUUAGGGCAUCUGAAAAAACAUGAGCGAACACACACAGGAGAGAAGCCUCACCUCUGCUCCCAGUGUGGAAAGAGUUUUACCCAGUUAGGGGACCUGAAUAGGCAUGCGAGGACACACACAGGAGAAAAGCCUUUCCAAUGUUCCCAAUGUGGAAAGAAUUUUACCCGGUUAGGGAACCUAAAAGAGCAUGAGAAGACACACACACGAGAAAAGCCCUACCCAUGCGCCCUGUGUGGGAAGAGUUUUACCCAAUUAGGGUAUCUGAAAAAACAUGAGAGAACACACACAGGAGAGAAGCCUCACCUCUGCUCCCAGUGUGGAAAGAGUUUUACCCAGUUAGGGGACCUGAAUAGGCAUGCGAGGACACACACAGGAGAAAAGCCUUUCCAAUGUUCCCAGUGUGGAAAGAAUUUUACCCGGUUAGAGAAUCUAAAAGAGCAUGAGAGGACACACACGCAAGAAAAGCCUUUCCAAUGUUCGCAGUGUGGAAAGAGUUUUACCCGGUCAGGGAACCUAAAAGAGCAUGAGAAGACACACACGCGAGAAAAGCCCUACCAAUGCUCCCUGUGUGGAAAGAGUUUUACCCACUUUGGGUAUCUGAAAAAACAUGAGAGAACACACACACAGGAGGGAAGCCUCACCUCUGCUCCCAGUGUGGAAAGAGUUUUACCCAGUUAGAAGCCCUGAAUAGGCAUGACAGGACACACACUGGAGAGGGUA